GCUGCCAACCCCGCUCAAGGAAUGGAACACACCCGGAACUUGAGUUCCUUGAUGCUUCCAAAACCCUCUUUGGUUUGUACUUGCUACAUAUGUGCACGAGAUUGUAAUGUAACACUUUAAAGAGGGCUAGAGGAAUAAAACAUGUCCGGCGUGGAAGUUGCUAAAGAGGAACUGAAGGAGAUAGACAUAUGUGACGUCUGCUCUGAGGAGGAGAGUGGAGUUUUCGUCAACUCAGGUGCGUCGUACAUGGACUUCUCAGCUUUUCACAAAUGGGUUUCAAAGGGCCGUUCAGUUUCAGAUGGAAGAUGUGAAUUUGUCGAAACUUCUUUAUCGUCAAUCUCGCAAUCAAAGUGCGCAAAAGUGCCUAAUGGAUCACCAGAUGGAGAGAUCCGUAUGGAGCGAGGAGGAGGAGGGAAUUCGGAAGACGAAGAUGAUGAUGUGAGAGCGUCCAGGGCAUCUUCCAUAGUGGACUGUCUGUUAGUGGAGCUCUAUGACACAUACAGCAGUUACAGUGUCCGAGGGAUGGACAGCUCGACUGAAGCCUCCAGUUCAGACGCGUUCCUCGGGAGGAGCAACACCGGAUCAAACUUUCUGAAUGAACUUCUAGAGAGGCACACGAGACGCCAUCAGAUGAAAUACCUGGCUCAGAAAGAUCAAGAGGAACUUAAGUGGAUAAUUCAGGAGGUGAAGUAUCGUAUUGGUGUCCAAUCCGCCAAACUGGUACGUCAGGUGAAGAGGAAAGACAGACUGCGGCAGAAGUUUCAGAAGAACUGUGAUAUAAUCACCGCCUGUCUGCAAGCCGUCUCCCAGAAAAGACGGGUGGACACAAGGUUGAAGUUCACUAUCGAACCAUCUCUUGGCAAGAACGGCUUUCAACAAUGGUAUGAUGCCCUGAAAGCAGUGGCCAGGCUGCCAGCUGGCAUUCCCAAAGAGUGGAGGAAGAGGGUAUGGCUGACCCUAGCUGACCAGUAUCUCCACAGCAUUUCUAUAGACUGGGAGAAAACUAUGAGAUUUGCCUUUAAUGAUCGCAGCAAUCCGGAUGACGACUCUUUGGGAAUUCAAAUAGUCAAGGACUUGCACCGGACAGGUUGCAGUUCUUAUUGUGGGCAAGAGGCUGAGCAGGACCGGGUUGUGUUAAAGCGGGUACUGCUGGCAUACGCCCGCUGGAACAAGAGUGUCGGCUACUGUCAGGGCUUCAAUGUUCUGGCUGCCCUAAUCCUGAAAGUUACGGAGGGGAAUGAAGGAGAUGCUUUAAAGGUGAUGAUAUAUUUGAUUGAUAAAGUUCUUCCUGAUAGCUACUUUGCCAAUAACCUGCGUGCGCUCUCAGUGGACAUGGCCGUGUUCAGGGAUCUGUUGAGACUGAAACUUCCAGAACUUUCUCAGCAUCUCCAUCAUCUACAGAAAGUAGCCAAUCGUAAAGGGGGAGGCAGCUAUGAGCCUCCGCUCACUAAUGUCUUCACCAUGCAGUGGUUUCUCACCAUGUUUGCCACCUGUCUACCCCACUACACCGUGCUGAAGAUCUGGGAUUCUGUCUUCUUUGAGGGCUCUGAAAUGCUGCUGCGUGUAGCUCUGGCCAUCUGGGCCAAACUCGGAGAGAGAGUUGAGGAGUGCCAGACUGCUGAUGAAUUCUAUAGUACUAUGGGCUGCCUGACCCAGGAAAUGCUGGAGCACAACCUUAUCGACUCCAAUGAACUCAUGCAGACUGUCUACUCCACGGCUCCUUUCCCAUUUCCCCAGUUGGCAGAGCUCCGGGAGAAAUACACCUAUAACAUCAAUCCCUUCCCCGCCCCAGUCAGAGCUAACAGCAGUCAGGCACUCCAUGGAUGGGAGAGUGAUGAUGAUGAUGAUGAUGCUGACAUGGAUAAUGAAGACACUUUUGUUACCGCCCUGGGCUGCCUGGGACCUCUCGGCGGACUUCUGGCCCCUGAGAUCCAAAGAUACCAAAAGCACCUUAAAGAUCAGAGAGUGGAGCAGGGCUCUGAUUGCAGUAACAUGGCAGAGCUCAGUCCUGGGGCGGUUGGCGCGGGCCGGGCGGAGCAUCAGGCGGCCAUUAACAGUAUGAUGCUGGAGCGCAUGAGUACUGACAUCAGUGCGCUGAAGAAGCAGUACUCUCGCAUCAAACAGAAACAACAGCAGCAGACCGGUCUACUCUACAUCCAUGCAGGACCUCCAGUGGAAGCUGAAACUAUUGAGCCUCAUCAACCCAGUAAACAACAGAAGCACAACACUGAUAAAUGUCCAGCCACAAGUAUCCUUGCCUCUCAAAUUGGUCCAUCCCCUGUGGUCAACCAUCUUCUUCUUGGUAGGAAGCCCAGGCCUGGUGAAAGAUCCUCAAAAAAUGGAUUUAUCCAUAAUGGAGGAAUGCACCCUUUGCCCGAAGCCCAUUCCACCCCAAGCCAGGAUCAGGUGUCCCGGGUGAGGCUCCAUUCCCCCUGGCGCACGCAUGUGCGCACGCAUCAGAGGAACAUCGCCCGAGCCCGGGCCCAGCUCGGCUUUGACAAUUCUAUGGAACUAGAAAACGAUCAAUCUCCAAAACAGAGCAAGAGCACAGUGGAAGGAGCACCUGGAGAGGAAGAGGAGAAGAAUAGUGAGGAAGGAAGUGUGGAAGACCAAAAGGAGGACAAAAAGACUGCACCUGAAGAGCAAGAUGAGACUUGUGAGGAAGUGACUGUUGUGGCUGAAAGCUCUCUGCAAGACCACAGCUCUGGAGAAGAACAGGAUAUCCAAUCGAUUGAGAACCAGCUGUCUUCUCUGGAGCUGGAACCUUUGCCAGAACCAGCUUCUCCAACCUCAACUGACCCAGAGCCACCUACACCACUAGAACCCCAAUCAAGAAAGGAGCCCAAACCCACAGCUCCAACUCCACUCCCAUCCACUCGCCGUCCAGGUUCAGACUCUUCCAGCUCAGAAAGUGGAGGUUCCCUCAGAAGAAGCCCCUCAAGCUUAGCGGGAGAACCUUCACAACCACAGCAGAUCUUCUCCCCUUUCCCCUGCAUCAAAACGCCUCGCAGGUCCAUUGCUGCAAGAAACUUGGGCCUCUACGGCCCAACUGCCAGAACUCCAAACGUGCACUUUCCUCAGAUGAGUAGAAGUAUGAACCAUGUGGGAAGCAGCACCAAGAGACGAUGAGCACUUAAAAUGAUAGAUCACAGAAGAAUGAAAAAUCUCUCUUCAUUUACUCACCCUCAUGCCAUCCUAGAUGUGAAUGACUUUCUUUCUACUUCAGAAAACAAAUUUAAGAUUUUUAGAAGAAUAUCUCAGCUCUGUAGGUCCUUACAAUGCAAGUGAAUGGUGACCAGAACUGUGAAGCUCCAAAUAUCACAUAAAGGCCAUAAAUCUCCACUUUCACUUUCAAAAUGUGAAAAAAGUGAAAGUGGAGAUUUAUGGUUAAAAAAAAGGACUUAAAUAUUCAUCUGUUUCAAACCCACACCUAUCAUAAUGCUUCUGAACACAUGGAUUAAACCACUAGAGUUGUAUGGAUUACUUUUAGUGGCCUUUAUGUGAUUUUUAUUUUUUUUACUUGCAUUGUAAGGACCUACAGAGCUGAUAAAUUAAUCUAAAAAUCUUUGUGUUCUGCAAAAUAAAAAAAUCAUACACAUCUGGGAUGGCAUGAGGGUGAGUAUAUAAUGAGAGAAUUUAGAUUUUUGGGUGAACUAUCCCUUUAAAUGAGUUAAAGCUCUUUCAUUUUUCAUAUCAAUACUUUGGGUUUGAAGCUCUUGACUUGUAAAGCACACGCAUUCCAAAAAACAUGCCAUUAAGUGCAUCUAAAACACCCAAAGUCACAGUUAUAGGCAAUCACUAUGAAUUCAUGAGGUUUCUCUCUAAUAUGUUUAUGUAAGAAGACCCUACAAAAACAACUGGGAGUAAUGCCUUGCAGACUCAAGUCACACGAUUGAAGGGUUUGUAUCUUUGAAAGUAUCUUUGCUGCAUGUUCAGGCAACCAGUAUUUGCCACAAUGCACUGUGUAUGUAUAUAUAUAUAUGCUCUAAAUCUAUCAAAAUCAAGUAGAGUAACAACACCUAUGUAAAGUCUCAUAUUAAAUGACUAUAGAAGAUACUACAAGUCUUCACAAGCCAUGAACUUGUACCACAACACAUUUAAAGCUCUCUUGUUUUUCCAUGUUCACUUGUUCCUGUGAGCUUCUGUUAAUUUAUUCUCUUCAAUCUGAUAUUUACAAUCAAGCCGUGCAGUUCUGUCUUCUCUCCUUCAAUGAAUUGUGUUGUUGUUUUUUUCCAUCUGAGUAGCACAUGUUUUCUGUCAAAACGUUGUUGUUGUUUUUUUUUGUCUCAUUUGAGUUACAAUCGAAUGUCUCUCUGAAUGUUGAUUUCUCUUUGGGGCGUACAAGUGCUGGGAGUUCAAAUAUUCAGCACAGUGAAUAAAAGACU